AUGGGUUUUGAUAUUCCAGAGCCAUUUCAGUGGGACGAGUCAUUCCUCGUUUCGUACGAUAAGCUGGACGAUGAGCACAAGGGUUUAUUCCAGGGAAUCAAAAGUGUCAGCGAAUCGCCUUCCUGCAGUGAAACUCUGGAAAAGUUGGUCCAACUCAUCAAACAGCAUUUCUUAGAUGAAGAGGAAAUGAUGAAAGCCAAAGGUUUCGACGAUAUAGAGGCCCACUCGAAGGCCCACACUGACUUCGUUGAAACCCUCAAGGGAGUUCAGACCCCUGUGACGGCGGAAAACAUCAAAAUGGCUAAAGAAUGGCUGGUCAACCACAUCAAAGGAACCGACUUCAAAUACAAGGGCAAGCUCUGA